AUGUCUUCCCAGUCGUUCGUCUGGCUUGUAACCGGAGCAAGCCGCGGGCUCGGAUUCGAGCUCACGAGACAAUUACUCACUUCUGCGUCAAACACUGUCAUAGCCUGCUGUAGGAAUCCCAAUAGCGCGACAAAGUUGCACGCACUACAAAGCUCCGCAGGCAAGCUGCACUUGAUUUCCAUGGACGUAGGCAGCGAACAAUCCAUGCGCGAUUCUGUCGGAAUGGUCGAUGCGAUCCUCGCUGGCAGGGGCAUCGACUACCUGUACAACAACGCUGGUAUAGCUCUGACCGACGACACACCGUACAAUUUCUCGUACUCGGAACUCUUGGAAGAGCUCAAGAUCAAUCUCGCAGGGCCGGCCCUUCUUGGGCAGCUGUACCUUCCUCAUGUAGAAAAGAGCCAGCGGAAAGUUAUCGUGAACGUUUCGAGUAGUCUCGGGAGCAUCGGGAGCGACAAGGGCACGAAAUAUGCAACAUAUUGCAUCACGAAGACGGCAGUGAAUAUGCUUACGUACAAACAAUCGAAGACCCGACCCGACAUUACUGUCAUUGCUCUCGAUCCUGGAUUCGUCAAGACUGAUUUAGCCGGUCCGAACGCUGAUCUAGAACCAGAAGAGAGCAUUUGCGGAGUUCUCAAAGUGGUGACUUCCGUCAGUAUUGCUGACACUGGUAAGUUCUUUGGGUACAAUGGUCGAGAGCUUCCGUGGUGA